AGUGAUCUGGGCAGAGCCGGGGAGCGGGGCUGUGCGCGCUCAGAGAGCUGGGGGACUGGUGGGAGCUGCUGCUGCCGCACCUGGUGCGUUGUGACAGAGCAGGGGUCCAGCCUCCAGCCCGGCACCGCGCCCCGCCGCGGGGCUCUGGGUUGGCUGCAGUUCACCAGCGCGGCUGCCCCUCUCUCCUUCCUGCGCUUGCCGGGCCGGCGGGUGGCAGCGGCUCUGCCCCGGCCCCCAUGGCUUCAGCCGGCAGCGGGAUGGAGGAGGUGCGCGUGUCUGUGCUGACCCCGCUCAAGCUGGUGGGGCUGAUGUGCAUCUUCCUGUCGCUGUGCCUGGAUCUGGGAGCCGUACUGAGCCCGGCCUGGGUCACGGCAGAUCAUCAGUAUUACCUGUCCCUGUGGGAGUCCUGCCGCAAGCCCGGCAACUUGGACAGCUGGCUCUGCGAGUCCACCCUGCACAGCGACUGGCAGAUAGCGACUCUCGCUUUGCUUCUGGGCGGUGCUACCAUCAUUCUCAUAGCUUUCCUGAUUGGUUUGAUCUCGAUCUGUGUGGGGUCUCGGAGGCGGUUCUACAGACCACUCGCAGUCAUGCUCUUUGCAGCAGUUGUUCUUCAGGCGUGCAGCCUAGUCCUUUAUCCAGUCAAGUUCAUCGAGACAGUCAACUUGAAAAUAUACCAUGAGUUCAACUGGGGCUAUGGCCUGGCUUGGGGUGCAACUAUAUUUUCAUUUGGGGGUGCCCUCCUUUAUUGCCUGAACCCUAAGAUCUAUGAAGACUACUACUAGUACUACUUUAGUUUGAGAAAAAGAAAAGAAAUAACAAAAGGAUUUCUCCAUCUUUUCUAACUCGCUGUUUUUUAGAAUACUUGUGGAGCACCAAGCAGUCUGCUCUGUUGAUUUAAUAGCCUUUGCCUUUUGGCUGCAAACACUAUAACUAGCUUUUACAUCCAUUUAAGACAACUGCGAAAAUUAAGAUUGCUAAUCUUACACAGGCAAACGUUGGAAGCUGCUGAUACGUUAAUGUCAUUUUUCUUGACAACAAGCAAAGGAUCUACAUACAGCGAUCCUUGUGAGUGACAUUGCUGGAAUGAAAACGCAGUGCCUGCUUCUGCCAUCGCCUGCAGGGGAGCAGCUAUCAUAAGCUCCAUUUAGAAGUUUCCUUAUAUCAUGGUGGAUUCAGAUGUCAUGAUAAGCAGGUGGUGCCAUCUUACAUCAAGUGGUGUUGGGCCCUGGUCACUUGCUAGAAAAAGCUUUUGAGGAAUUAGUUGCAAAUGACCAUGUGUUGGGGGCAAUGAAUGUAAAUGAUCAAUGACUUUCCUAAUGUCUGCAUUGGACAGUCUGCUGAAAAAAAAAAAAAAACAACAAUGGGAGUUUAUGCAUUGGCAAUCCACAUCUUCCCUGCCAACUGUGGCAGAUCCCUGAAGGGAAGUCAAAACCUGGAGACAUAUGCUUCUAAUUAUGUGGCUGGAAGUUGUCUCAGCUCUGAGUAUUGUGGGGUGAGGUGAGGGGUAAUGGGGCCUCGAAUUUCCCUGAGGCAAAUAAAAUGCAUGUAUGAGCUGCAUUUGUCUUCAUGCCCUUUUAAUUUCCAAACUGUGCAGUAAAAAUGCAUAAAUAACAAGUCCAACUAUUUUUAUAGAAGGCAUUUGUUAGUAUAAAUGAAUAUAUAUAUAUAAUAUAUAAACAUAUGCAGAGGAAGAAACAUAUUACAUCUCAAAAUGGUAAUGUUUGCUGUGGUGCAGUGGUUAAAGCACUAACUUUGUAUGCCUUCUUACGAGGCUUGGAUCGCGAUCUCCAUUUUGGGUUAGUAAUGCAAAAUAAACAUCUUAAAAUUGGUUGCUCUCUCUGUAUGCCCUUAUGCUCUGUUUUGAUGGGAAAUACCUAAAAGUUCAUAUAAAUUUGAGAUGGAAUUGGAUUAAAUCUAAAAUAACUAGUUGCUUGGUACUUAUUAAAAGUAUUUAUUUAAAAAAAAAAGCUGUUUAUUGGAGAGAGACUGCCACUUUCUAAAAAUCCAGUUACUUUCUGUCUCUAAUUGAAAGAACGUAGCUGAGAUCUAGUUAUGUAUAGUAUAAAAAUGUUAUCAGUACAGUAUGUAAGCUCAGAUAUUUGUUUUUCUCUGAGUAUAAAGGGUUGAUUGACAUCUGUCUAAUUACUACUUGCUGAAUAUUUCCCACUUAAAACUUCCAGAGGCUAUACAAAUGAAAUGAGAGCCAAGUUAAACUAGGGUUUUAAAUUGACUUACACAGCAUAACUUUUAUUUUUGUUUAAUAUUUGCUUAUUUGGGUACUUUGAAUUAAUUGUGAACAUAUUUUUAUACAGUUCUAAUAUACAACUUUAGAAAUAAUUAUUUUUGUUAAUGGAGAAAUUUAAAAUAUAUCCUAGUUGGGCCCCUGUAAGAGCAGGGACUUUGAAGCUGUAAACAUGCAUUCGUAUGGUUGAUGUAUUGCUGGUUCUGCAAAAGGAUGUGGUCCUAAUGUUAUUAAAUGUACUCGCCACAGUUUACAGAGAGAGGCAAUUCAGCAAUAGGCAUAGAAGAAGCAUAAACCUGCUUGUAGCCUGUUGUUUGACAGAAAUACUUUAAAAAACAAGACCCAGUUCUUAACAAACCUAGGCCUCUCUGGGAUAGAGUGUAUAAUAUCACAGGAGAAUCGUCAGCAUCAGCACUCUUCCCUGGAUCAGUGAUGAUUAGCUAGACUAGGAUGACAGAGCAAAAUGAUAGCUUCACUUAAAUGUUUUUGUGUGGCCUGCUGAAGGAUGAGGGUAAAAGGGCAUGAGGGAAAGAAGGAGAGCACCUUUCACUUUAUCUCGCAUGCAGCUGAGAAUAUUUGGAAUUUUGCAUUUUUUCCUGCGUGACUUAACCACAUUCCAGGCCUUGGCUUUAACUGCAAAUCUUUCUGGACUGCAGCAUAACACUGCUCUUAUUUAGCAGCAUUAGGAACAUUGUGUGAUGGAAUGGGAAUUAGGCUAAUUUUAAGUCUACUGUGAGUGGAUCUCUGCCCCUUUCUAGGGGAAACAGUGCUUUGGUGCUGACAGUUACACAGCACUUUGCUUAGUACAAGGAGAGGAAGCCGUACAAUGCUAGACCUAUGUCAUAUCUACUAAUCUUAGUAAACUCCCUCUUUCUCUUUCUGUAUAGCUAGAGAGAACACAUUCAGUGGGCUAAUGCAUAUACACAUAAGUUGCACAUAUACUGGAAAACACACAAUUCAUAACAUAAAAGGCCGUUAGGCAAACAUUUUCAAACUUGAGUGCCUAAAGUUAGGAUCCUAUAUCCAUAUUUAGGCAUCAAAAGUCGGGGCUUGAUUUUCAGAGGUUCUGAAUACCUGCAACUUCCAUUGAAGUUAAUGGGAUCUACAGGUGAUCAGCACAUAAUCAGUUCACUGCCACUGCAGGGGCUGUGGGCAUUGGUGGCACCUUGGUCUCUUCUGUUCUCUGUUUGUGGGACAAAGUUUAGUUUCUUGAGGACUGAAAUGUUUUGGUCUAACUCAGAGGCAUCUGAGUGAAAUGUAAUGGCCUGUAUUAUAUUGGUCAGUCUAGAUGAUCUAAUGGUCCCUUCUGGCCUUAAACUCAAUAAAACUAGUGGGGUUUGUGUGUGGGGAAACUUAUGAGAAUCUGGUCCUUUUUAUUUAGUAGCCUAAGUGUGGGAUUAGGCACCUAAUUUUAGCCUAUGCUGCUGCUUUUUUCCCCUACCAUGGCCAAGAUUGCCGAAUAUUGUAUGUUUUGGCACCAAACGAAAAGUAAAUACAAUGUAAAGCGGAAAUAUUUUUUUCUACCCAUAGAAUAAAACACUCCUUUAUUGGAGUGUAUAUACAAUAGACAUCAUUUUUUAUAUAUUAUUCUUACAUCAGGCCUUCAUCAUUUCAGUUGUAUGUGGCUUUAUCUCACUAGCAAGCUAAUUUUUCACACCACAAACCCAUUAUUUCUCUUCCAAAUAUAUAUAGUGAACUUGCAAGCAGGGCUAGUUAUUUUUAUUUUUUAAGCUUAAAGUAUACUAUCCGGUGCGACAAGUACCAACCCACUCUUUUGAAUUUCUUGCACAACUACAUUUAGCUUUUGUAAGUUCAACAUGUAAAUUUUAAAGACAUAAAUAUAGAGACCUAUGUGUUUGAAAUAUGAAUGAUAUAUGGAUUAGCAUGUAACUGUAUAUUAUUAAACAUGCAAUGAACUAACUGGUAAGUGAAGUCUAAUCUUAUGGCUAGCAAUGUAAUUUAUUCAGACUGUAUUUUUGUACAGAACAGUGCACACUAACCUGUUGCCUCUGUGUCCUCUAUAAUGCCUAAAACUGUGCCUAGAGAUUUCAUUUGUCUUUACAAAUCAAUCAACUAAAUACUUCAUGCUGUUGAUGGUAUUAGUUUCUCUAAUGUUGUUCUGUUUACUUUUGAAAAGUGUAUGGUAUGUUUAUUGAAUGAAUCCAUCAAAAUGUGGUUCAUUUUUAAUGGUCAUUGUUAGGGGGAAGACACAUGUUUUUUUAUCUAAACUGUUUUAAGUUUGCUGUUUUAUUACCAUUUUUGCAUUUCACAACUUUUGUAGCUUACAUGAAGUUAUAUGUGAAAAAGUAACUAAAAUAAAAAAAAGAUUACACUAACAAAAUGCACUUGUUUUGCCCUGUGUAGAAUAUUUAAACACUGAAAAGUUCUGCUGCUGUUUUUGUUAGGGAGAGUAAGAAACCAGAACUCUGUUUUUACUUAAAUUAAUUUGUCUGACACUUGAAUAUCACAAUAAGGGCAUGUUAUAAAAAAAAAUAUAGCUAAAUUCUGCCCUAGUUAGUAUCCUGUGGGGUUGACUGUGGUAUACAUCUCGGCACUAUUCAGCCCAAAAUGCCCUUACACAAUAUAUUGUAACGUUUGAAUGACAGAGCCCUUUAACUUGUUAAAUAAAAAGCAGUGUAUUGGCAUUCAGAAUGUACCACUCCAACUACUUCAAUGGUAAAUUAAUGUGAUAUAUUCAAUAUUCUUUUCCAUAUUUCCAGAUUAUAUAGUGCUAUUUUCUGUAUGAACCUGAAGUAUGGGUUACUUUUUCACGUUUUGAAUAAUCUUUUACACUAUUCUUCCUUUUUAACCUGGAGGGGAGUAUUGAACUGUGUAUUUAAAAGCACAGUUUAAAUAAAGAAAACAUGUAUUAUGAUCUC